AAAUAAUCCACACGUUGAUGCUACCUGAAAAAUCACGUAACCACGAUUUUCCCCUCACUACGUCCGUUUUACGUGACACACGUAAAAAUAAUGUGAAAGUGUUCCGGAAAAAAAAUGUUUUCACGUUGAUGUUACGUGAAAACCCUUAUAGUAUUUUUCCACUAGGGUUUUUCAUGUAGCUUUUAUGUGUUUUGAAAUGUAACUUCAACGGGACUUGAGUGAGCCAUUCGGCCAAAUUUCUACGUGAUUAUUUUAGUAUGAAAAUUGAUGGCGUACGGUGAAGACCUGCGGCCGAACUUGUGCUCGCAAAAUUUCAUCAAAAAUGAAACAGACGAUCUUUUGAAGCAGUAUAUCUUCCCCGGUGGCCAUGAAAUUCGUACCCCUCGGAGGCAAUCCCAGGCGCAACUGUGUCGAUUUGGUCCGUCGGAAUGGCAAUCGGAGCUACCGUGUUGCGUGAGGCCACCGGAAAUGUCACGAACAUGGCCAACGUAUCGUCGAACUUUUUCGAGUGUGCCCCGGGGAAGUUCGAGUACGGAUACAACUCGUUUCAGGCCAUGGAGCUGGUGUCCGGCCUCGGUCCGAGCAUCUACGCCGGGUAAUUUGGGCCACCCUCUCAUCGUUCUACUAGUUGCACUACAACCGUAAGAUAAAUUUGGUUUAAAGAGAUUUUGACAAUGAUUUUAAGCAACAUUAUUUCUUUAUUUAUCAGGGAAAGAUUCAAAUCCGCCGGAACGAUCGCCCUGUGGCCAACUUCGAUUCGUCAGCGGAAAUCAAAAUGGAUGCUCAACUUUGACACGGAGCAUCACGAAAUCUAGAUUUUUUUAUUUGUAAAAUGUUAUUUAAAGAAGAGUUCAAUAAACCAUUAAAUUAGAAUUGAAAAUUGCAUUAUUUUGUUAUUUUAAACAGAAAAAUAAUCUGAAAUAAGACCACAAAAGUAUUAGAAAGUUCCUAUAACGAUCAUUAAAACGUUCAGGUAGAAUUCAUUAGCUGAUACAUUUAGCUUUCACGUGUGAAACACGUAAAAUCAACGUGAAAGAACCUGGCCAAACAAAUUCCGCUUCUACUAGAACCACCUCGUAGAAGUUACGUGAAAAGUCUAGUGGAAAAAUACCACAUAGCUUUUCACGUAACAUCAACGUGUAUGUUUUUUUGAGUGU